AAGUUAAUGCUUCAGAUGAACUCCAAGAACAAAGCAGCAGCAGACGAGGAAGAGGAAGCAGCAGAGCUUGACGUGUCGGAUGAAGAGAUGGCAAGAAGAUACGAGACCUUGGUGGGAACAAUUGGAAAAAGGUUUGCCAAGAAGAGGGACCGCGCCAAUUACGAAGAAGACGGAGACGCAGACCCAUUGAAGCAGAGAAGGUGCUCCUAAAGCCCCAGAUUAAAAUGGAGCCUUCAACUAGGACCACACCUGUGAGCACAGCCACGGAGCUCCUCCUGGUGGUGACCAUCGUGGUUAAUGCUCCGGUGUUGACUUGUACAGAAAGGAGUCGUUUCAGAAGCUGUUCUUGUGACAGAUAGGGUGGAUGUCAUACAUCCUAGUGGCCUUCUUCGGGGGGUUGUAGCCCCAGGGCUUCAGAUCCAGGCAAAGGGCUGCUGCCUAGAGAUUUUUUUGGCCUGAUUUUUAUUUGUAUGUCUGUACACACAGACAGGACCCAUACAACAUAGUUCUCUGGUUACUGGCCCGGAAUUGACUGCUGUAAACUAUAAUUGUUUAAACCGCCCUUAUAUUUAUAUUUUACUUUAUUAAUCAUGUCAAGCCAAGUCACACAUUGACUUUGGAGUCACAUGUUCUGAGAACUUACCAGAUGAGCUCACCAAGAGCAGCCAUGAUUCUCCAGCCUGGAGUGUGGCCUGCUCUUGGGUCGCUGCCUGUUCAUAGUGGUAUGGGUUUUUUGUUCACUUAAGGCAGUUAAUUGGGUGAUUUUUCAAACGUCCUGUAAUAAACAUCUGUGUUCACAUA